AUGACCCAGCGAGGGAGAGGCACUUCCGACACAACGCGAACCUUGGCGGCGUCAUGUGAGGGAUCGGGGAACAGUCAUGAACGCGUCGAGUGCACACCGCUCCCACGGGGUCAGCUGUUUAUUCUCUGCGUCGUCCUGCUUACAGAGAGUGUUUGCUGGAGUGUGUUGAUUCCGUUUGUACCUUCCUUUAUUGCGUAUAUCAAGGGCUGGGACAUAGACAGCUCUGGCUAUGCGUCAGGCUUUCCUGUCGGUCUCUUCAUGCUCGGGCAAGUCCUGAGUGGCAAAAUAUGGGGCGCGUUCAGUAACAAGGUCGGCCGCAAAGUAGCCAUCAAUAUCGGCGUGUUCUGUUGUGCUAUUUGCAUGUUUUUUGUCGGACUCAGCGGCAGCUUGUGGAUGUUGUGCGUCUGGCGCUUUUUGCAUGGCUUGUUGGCCGGCUGCUCGAUCGUGGCCAAAACGAUGAUCAGUGAGUUGACGGAUACGACGAACCGUGCGAAGGGCUUGGCGAUGGUCAGUCUCACCUGGGGUGUGGGAACCCUGUUCGGCCCAGCUAUCGGUGGCUUUCUCUACAAUCCCGCUUCGAGUUCCAAUCUUGCAUUCCUGCACAUAUCUCCAACUAGCUUCAUGGGCAGGCAUCCCGCCUUUCUUCCCGGUACUGUCGUGGCAGCGUACAACUUGUUUGCCGUAGUAAUCAGUGGCGUGUUCUUACGGGAGAGCAACCAGAGUGCUCGGCCUCUACGAGAAGUGCUGCCGCGCUCUGUUGUGAAAUUUCUUGGCCCCGUGCUGAGGUUCCUGCAGCCGCGGCCUCCGUGCGACAAGGCCACGGAGGUGACAGUCAUAUACGCGGACGACCACACUGAACCCAACGGAGCUGGACCCGAUAAGUCGCCUAGCUCAGCAGCCCAUCCGGUGGGUACCUGCGUUUCUGAACCGCAUACCCAUUUCGGCUUCAAGCAAGCCUUUCUGAACCCCUUGCUGCGGCGUGUCUGCUUCAUCUCGAUGCUCAUCUGCACAUCCGACAUGAUGUUCGCGGAGAUUUUCCCGCUCUGGAUGGCCGCAGAGUCUCAGAACGGCGGCCUGCAGCUGUCACCGCACCAGAUGGCGAUCCUGUUGCUGGUGAACGGCGCCCCGACAGUGCUCGCCAACAUAAUCUUUGCUUCAGUGAUCAAGUGUGCUGGGGGGCCAAUCCGGUUAUCGAUUGCGUCUCAGCUCAUAUACGCCGUUUUCACAGCCGUAGUGCCGACUGCGACCGCGUUCAGCACGACAAGUAGGUUCUGGUUUACAAUGGCGAUAGGCAUGCUGCGCAAGGUGGUGGAGAGCUGGAACUUUGCACUCAUCAUGCUGUUCGUGUCACUGACGGCACCGCAAGGCAAGAUAGCCAUCAUGUUUGGCAUUCAGCAGUCUGCAGGAUGCAUGGUUCGCUGCGUCGUGCCUUUCAUCUUUGCACCGCUCUUCGCGUGGUCCAUCUCGACACCGCGCCCGUUUCCGUUCAAUCACUACCUAGUGUUUCUCCUGAGCGUCAUACCGUUGGCAAUUGGCGCCUACCUCGCAGCCUUCGUGUACAUUCCGUCCGAAAAUAGCGGCGACGGAGUAGACGUGGUGGAACACGGUAGCUCAUCGGACAUGGAGGACAACAAUGGCAGUGAACGGCGCUCCGGAGCCGACUCGGGACGGGGAUCGGUGCGGUCACGCUACAGCCUCUUGGGCUCUGUCACUGGCGAAGUCCAGGAAUGCGAGUCUCUCCUUCACUGCUCCUUCGCCACUGUGGCCAUCGCGACUGCUCUAAACCCUAUUUCUGGAGUAGUUCAGAACGCCCUUUUCACCCUCUCGGAAGGCUCUCCGGUACAAAUGCCCGGCGAGCAUGGCGCUGGUACUGCGAGGCGGCCGCCUGACGAGAGCGACGAUUCCCGUGAGAACUCCAGUCAAGAGGGCGACGAAGUCGACGAUAAUGCCGAAUACACGACGUUGACGGACGAGAUGGAAGUAAUGCCACCACUGAUUUCAGAUGGAAUCCUCGAACAUGAGGAUGUGCGCGUUGUACAGGUCGACGAACUCCUUGAGGACGAGGAACUGCCACCUUCCGCGCCGCCUUCGGUCUAA